AUGAACGAAUGUGGGGAGCAAGCGCAUGUUCAUGCGUCUUCACGCUGUCCUUGCCGCCCUGUCGUCCGCAAGUCGCAUAAGAAGUCUCGCAACGGGUGCCAGAAUUGCAAGAAGCGAAGGGUCAAGCCGUACCAGUGCGACGAGAAUAAGCCCACCUGCAAGAAUUGCACGCGUAGCUCGAUACCCUGUGACUUCAGCGCCGACAGCAAUACCCUUGUCCCAGUCGAAUCUGCUGCAUCAUCGUCUACUGCGAAAGGACCAAGGAAACUUGGUAGGCCCCUCAAGAAAUGGGCAUGGGGUCCUGACAUUCCUCGCGACCGCGAAACACGAACAAAAACCGCACCACCUAGCCUCCCUACCCUAGAGUCGCCCCCCUUGCCCUUACCCCUGAAUGUGGACGAUAUUCAGCUUUUCCACCACUACAUCACUGUCACGUCUCUUACACUCGGUGAUAAUGUCCUAUGGCGCGACAAGGUGCCGCGUCUUGCGUUUGAGCAUCACUACAUUCUUCAUCUUAUGCUUUCCCUCUCAGCAUUACACCUCGCUCGGCUCCAUGUUGCGGCAGCCAGUAGAUAUAGAGACCUCGCCGAGGCCCAUCAUUCCAUAGCCUUACCCCAGGUCACUAGCUUGCUUCCUCAGAUCAGUCGAAAUAACUGCUCGGCACUAUAUAUUGCCACUGUUCUCGUUUGUAACUAUACCUUUGCGAAACCACCGACAGAGAACCACCUCCUUGUUGUAGCUGACAGCAGCGAGGUUGCUUUUUGGAAUCUUUUUCGCGGUGUUCGUUUUGUCAUUGAGACAAUGGGUUUGCCAGCGAUUUUCACAGGCCACAUUGGCCCUUUUCCUCCUCCAGUAAAUACCACUGCUGUUCCGUCAACAGAAGGCGAUAAUGGUUACAUACCGUGGGAGUGGCCUCUUAACAGGCUGGAAGAACGGCUCCUCGCUUGCCAAGAUCCUGGACUCGAGAAUCUGGCAGUGAUCUGCGAAGCUCUCAUGGACUGUUUUAAGGGCGUAUACGGGACUACGGAGCAACCAGAGAGCACGACGCAUGGGAAGCUGCAUGUCGUUAUGCGGUGGUUGUGGUAUCUCGAGGAUGACUUCAUUAUCCAAAUCCAAAAUUUGGUACCCGAGGCCCUAGUUCUGCUAGCCCACUUCGCGGUUCUGGUUCAGACUGUGGAAUGCUUUUGGUUCAUGCGAGGGUGGGCACAUCAUGUAUUAGAUGGUGUUGUAAAGCAACUUGACUCGGGCUACAUCACAUGGAUAUCCUGGCCUCAGAAGCAACUUGAGUCGCAGUGCGACCACAAUUUGCAUAUGGCGUACUAA